GUCUACGCCAGAAUUGGCAAAUGAAAAACGGGCGUACAUCAGUGAUGUGAUGAAAACAUCGAUAGUCGCCAUAAAACAUACUAAAGUUGCUUGAAAUACCGAUGCAUCGAUGUUCUACCACCUCUAAGCGUCAGUCAGCUGAUUUUAACCGACUAUUUAUUUUUAUCUCCCAAACAAACAAGAUUCUGCAGAAUUAAAUGAUGCUAACUGGUUAAAAGCCGUGCUUAUCUGGAUCAACCCUAUCUCUUGAGUUUCCUGGAAAUAUAUAGUAUACAGAUUACAUAUUAUAAAAUGGAAGAAGUUCAGGUUAAAGAUGAGCCGCAAUCGGACGACGAGGACCUCAGAUUGGAGGAAAUGGAGGUCGAUAUUAAAAUGGAGCCUCUGAUGGUGGAGCCCGAGUCAGAAGAGGACUUCUCGAUGCAGGAUGAGAUCUCUGUCAAGGUGGAGUGCACAAUGCUGGAGAAAGUGAAGGAAGAACCUGCAUUUUCGAGUAGCGACCACACCAGUCUGGCCAUCUGUUGUAUCCCCAGUUGCGGGCAGAAGCAGACCAGUCAAAUCCGGUUGUUCGGCUUUCCCAGGGAUAAGAUACUCCUGUUCCCUUGGCUGGUGAACACCCAAGUAAAGCCUCGCCUGGUUAAUCCCGCAGAGCUUUACGUGUGUCAACAGCACUUUGUACCCGAAGCUAUACAAGGAAAUAACCUCUUCAUCUGGGCGUUGCCCACACUGCUCCUCGGUCACGAAGACUAUAUAAUACCGAACUUAGCCCAGGGCACUGAACAUGUAAUGAGAUACAUCUGUGAGAACUAUUGCUCCGUGCCCUGCUGCUUCCGGGCCAAGGACGAUGGAUUCGUGCUGAUCGAAUACCCAGGAGACAAAGCCACUCGGCAGAAAUGGAGAUAUCGGUGCCGUCAUAGAGCAGAGGAAGUUGACAAAUACGGCUUUCGGUUGUGCCAAGCGCACUUUCCGUCGAACUGCUUCGAUCCGGACACGGGCGAAUUGUUUGCAGGAUCGUUGCCCUCCAGGGAGCUGUUCCCCUGCCUGGUUCCGGGAUGUGUUCGGGAUGCAGGCACCCCAGUCGUCUACUACCGCGUGCCACAAAGCACCGCCGAACUGGAUGCCUGGAGCCACAACCUUUUAAUUCCUCCGUCUGUUCUUAAGGCGAAUAAUCAACGCAUUUGCGGGCGACACUUCGAGGACGACUGCUUCAGGGCCAACAAAACUCUCCUCUUGGGCUCGCUGCCCACUCUAUUCCUGGGUCAUCACAACGAAAUCCUGCCCAAUCCGAAAAUGGUAAAAGCACAGCGCGUUACUUGCAGUGUUCCCAGCUGUGGUCGCAUUCGGAGGAGAUGCGGCCUUAAGUUUGUAUUGUUUCCCAAGUCCCAGGGUUUAAUCAAAAAGUGGAUGCACAACAUGCGACUGGACGCCAGCAUCAAGAAUGUGCAAAGCCUAUUGGUAUGCCAUGAGCACUUUGAGAAGCACUGUUUUGAAACGAUAGGUGGCAAGAGGCGACUGCGAUGUGGUUCCAUACCAACCCUGAAGCUUGGUCACUCCCAUCGCGACCUGCACGAGUCCGACAGCGAUUUGAUGCCCGGAAAAACCAAGAAAAAGAUAUUGUCCUGGUUUAAAAAGAACAGAUUCGAUUGCUGCUACCCAUGGUGUAGGUGGCCGGAUAAAGUGCGUGCCUACGAUCUGCCGCGUACGGAGAAGCUGCGCGCGGCUUGGCUGAAGCACAUGAACAUUCAGGAACCCUCUGCUGUUACAAAGAAAACCCUAAAGCUAUGCCGGCUGCACUUUGUAAUUCUGUACGAGCACAGUGGCAAGGAGUGCCUCGAUCAUGUUCCCGACGAAACUCUAGAUGCUUAUUACAAGGAGGCCCGGAGUAAAGCAUCCAUAGUGGAAAUCAGCUGUGCUGUCAAAGGAUGCGAUACCCUUCGGCCCAGAGAUGGUGGCACCCUGCAUAAUAUAAAAAUGUAUAAGGAACUUCGCCAGAUGUGGCUGGAGAACUGCCAGAUAACAUUAGAAUCGCUGAGCUCAUGCCAUCGGGUGUGUAGUAAGCACUUUGAACCGGAGUGCUUUUUAAACGGGCGACUGCUGGGAUGGAGUGUGCCCACCCUGCAUCUGCCGGGCAAGGCUAUCCAUCAGAGUAUUACCGAAGAGCAGUGGAAGAUAUACCGACAGGCAGAGAGACUUAACGAGCUGGGGGUAGUGGAGGAGGAUGUGGAAUAUUUGGAGUCAAAUCCCGUUGACGGAGAAGUCCCCAACGUGAUCGAGGAGCAGCCCAAAGACCAGUGCCUGGAAGUGGUUCUAGAAGUGUCCCAGGGGCACAAACGCCAUUCAAGGCUGCACACCGAGAAGAUCCUCUUCAACCCGAAGAAGUGCAGUGAAAAUCGCUGCGCCGUUCCUGGUUGCCCUAUUACCUUUAAGGAUGUAACCAGAACAUUCCGGCUCCACAAACUACCCGUUUCCGAAGGUGCCGCCGAAAUGUGGCUACACAACUCCCAGGUGAAGAUCGACAAAGAGUACUGGCCAGACUUUCGGAUCUGUGCCCACCAUUUUGAGCAGGAUUGCUUUAUAGGAUCCAGGCUGAGGCCGGGGGCAGUGCCCACGCUUUCCAUGGGAAGUGAAUCUCUAGAAUUGAUGUACGAUAGUGAGUGGAAUAAAAAAGAAAAGAAACCUCCGUCCCGAUUUCCAAGGGCAGUAAAGAAUUGUUGAUGAUAAUUCUGUUAUAUUCCGAUCACAAAAAAGUAUAUCAUUUUUUAGGAAUAAUGUUAAUAAUGUUUUUUAGAAUAAUGUUAAUUUCAAAUGAAUUUCCUUAGCAAAAGCUAUAGUUUAAUAUUUUGUCAGCUUAGAAACCAAUUUUUAUUUUAUUUUUUUUAAGUAUAGGUAAAAAAGUUAUAAGACAAUAUCAUUUGUAUCGCUUUAACAUGCGAAUAAUGUUAAAUUUAUAUGAAGU